UAAUAGAAACGUCACUUGUUUCCGUGCUCCCCAUUUCUCAUUUCACUCUCUCUUCUGCAGCAUAACUCAGGACGAAGAAUGCUGGUUCAGCUUCCGCGGUUGACCAACUCUUUACGAGACCCCUUCGAUGUUGACCAUGCCUAUUUGCAGCGCAAGCUCAUCCUCCAUAAUCACAUCCACAAGCCUAGCAAUUCUGCGAGCUCAAUUGAUGAAUCAGAACUUGCGAGGAAGAUAGUUUAUAGAUGGGAAGAAGCUUCGGUGGAACUUCGACAAGCUUACAAGCAAUUUAUUGGAGCGGUUGUAGAGUUGAUAGAUGGAGAACUGCCGUCAGAAGAGUUCCGGGAGGUGGCACUAAGUGUUUACCGUCUUUUUGGUGCGCAAGAGGAAACUUUUGAUAGAAAUAUUAUUGAGAAGAAGGCAGAAUUGCAAAAACUUAUAGGUCAUGCUGUUUCUGAUAGUAACUUGCGGAAGUCCGCAUCCUUAGCAUAUAGACUUUUUGCACUACAACCUAUUGACCACGAGAAAGCAAUCAUUUUAGGAGGGCCUGCUAGUGAGAGUUCUGAAAAUAUUGAAUUUGGUGCUGACCUUGUUUUUCAAGCACCUGCCCGGUUCUUGGUGGACAAAUCUUUUGAGGAUGUGUUGGCUGAGGAAAGCAGUGCAUCUUCUUCAUUACAUCACGAGGGAUGGCAUGGUUGUCCUGAAUAUUCAGUCUCUGAUGGAGGACGGUUCAAUUUAACUUGGUUAAGAGAUGCAUGUGAUCAGAUAAUUAAAAAAAGUGUUUCACAGCUUUCUCGAGAUGAAUUAGCAUUAGCUAUUUGUCAGGUCCUUUAUUCAGAAAAACCUGGUGAGGAGAUAGCUGGUGAUUUAUUGGAUCUUGUUGGAGAUAGUGAGUUUGAAAUCGUUCAAGACCUUAUAUCACAUAGGAAAGAGCUUGUUGAAUGUAUUCAUCAUGGUUUACUCAUCUUGAAAUCUGAAAAAGUGUCUUCAACCUCUCAACCACGUAUGCCUAGUUAUGGCACUCAGGUUACUGUUCAAACAGAAUCUGGAAAGCAAAUCGAUAAACUUAGGCGCAAGGAAGAAAAACGACAUAGGCGAGGAGCAGAAUAUGUAGCUGAGGGUGAAUUGUCUACUGUUAGUUUUUCUUCUUUGCUUCAAGCAAGUGAGAGGAGAAGUCCUUUUGAUGAUCUAAUUGGGUCUGGCCAGGGGAGCCAAUCACUAGCAGUUACUGCUCUUCCUCAAGGAACUGUCAGGAAACAUCACAAGGGGUAUGAGGAAGUCAUUAUUCCCCCUACACCAGCAGCACAAAUGAAACCUGGAGAAAAGCUGAUUGAUAUAAAGGAAUUAGAUGAUUUUGCCCAAGCUGCUUUUCGUGGCUACAAAUCUCUUAAUCGCAUUCAGAGCCGUAUAUAUCAAACUGUUUAUUACACCAAUGAGAAUAUAUUGGUUUGUGCUCCUACUGGAGCUGGUAAAACAAAUAUAGCCAUGAUUUCUAUUCUACAUGAGAUUGGGCAGCAUUUCAAAGAUGGUUACUUGCAUAAAAAUGAGUUUAAGAUAGUUUAUGUUGCUCCAAUGAAGGCAUUAGCAGCCGAGGUUACAUCAACCUUUAGCCAUCGUUUAUCUCCACUGAACAUGACUGUGAAAGAACUAACUGGAGAUAUGCAACUUUCUAAGAAUGAACUUGAAGUAACUCAGAUGAUAGUUACAACACCAGAGAAAUGGGAUGUCAUUACUCGCAAGAGUAGUGACAUGUCACUCUCAAUGCUGGUGAAGCUCUUAAUUAUUGAUGAAGUGCAUCUUCUGAAUGAUGAUAGAGGCCCUGUAAUAGAAGCACUUGUUGCUCGAACUUUACGUCAGGUGGAGUCAACACAGUCAAUGAUAAGGAUUGUGGGACUUUCAGCCACUCUACCUAAUUAUUUGGAGGUUGCACAAUUUCUUAGAGUGAAUCCAGAUACAGGACUUUUUUUCUUUGACUCUAGCUAUCGUCCUGUGCCUCUUGCACAACAGUAUAUUGGUAUUAGUGAGCAAAACUUUGCAGCUCGGAAUGAGUUAUUGAAUGAGAUAUGUUAUAAAAAGGUUGUUGAGUCAUUGAGGCAAGGUCAUCAAGCAAUGGUAUUUGUUCAUUCUCGGAAGGACACAGCAAAAACAGCUGAAAAGCUGGUUGAACUUGCUCGGAAAUUUGAGGACCUGGAGCUUUUUAGCAAUGAUGCACAUCCUCAGUCAUCCUUAAUAAAGAAGGAGGUUCUAAAGUCCAGGAACAAAGAUCUUAUUGAACUUUUUGGAUUUGCUGUUGGUGUUCAUCAUGCUGGUAUGUUGCGUGCCGAUAGAGGUCUGACUGAACGUCUUUUUUCUAAUGGGCUCUUGAAGGUACUUGUUUGUACGGCAACUUUGGCAUGGGGUGUAAAUCUGCCUGCUCACACUGUUGUGAUUAAGGGGACCCAAUUGUAUGAUCCAAAGGCUGGUGGGUGGCGAGAUCUAGGCAUGCUAGAUGUUAUGCAGAUAUUUGGACGGGCUGGGAGACCUCAAUUCGACAAAAGUGGUGAAGGCAUCAUAAUCACGUUUCAUGACAAACUAGCUUAUUAUCUUCGCUUAUUGACAUGUCAGCUCCCUAUAGAAAGUCAGGAUCUAUCAUCGGGGAGGAUGAUUGGCAGUGCUAGGGUUCAUAACGGACUUUAUUUCUUUGAAGGACAACAUCCAUUUAUUAGCUCCUUGAAAGACAAUUUAAAUGCAGAGGUAGCAUUGGGCACUGUGACUAAUGUCAAGGAAGCUUGUGCGUGGCUUGGGUAUACUUACCUUUUUAUUAGGAUGAGACAGAAUCCUUUGGCAUACGGUAUUGGCUGGGAUGAGGUCAUGGCAGAUCCGACUUUGAGCUUAAAGCAAAGAGCUCUUGUAACAGAUGCUGCACGUGCUCUUGACAAAGCAAAGAUGAUGCGAUUUGAUGAAAAAAGUGGCAACUUUUACUGUACAGAGCUGGGCCGCAUUGCUAGUCACUUUUAUAUUCAGUACUCUAGUGUUGAAACUUACAAUGAAAUGUUGAGACGACAUAUGAGUGACAGCGAGGUGAUUGACAUGGUUGCGCAUUCUUCUGAAUUUGAGAAUAUUGUUGUUCGAGAAGAGGAGCAGAAUGAGCUGGAGACGUUGGCACGUACGUCCUGUCCAUUAGAGAUUAAGGGUGGUCCUUCAAAUAAAUAUGGGAAAAUCGCUAUUCUCAUCCAGUUAUAUAUAUCUCGUGGCUCAAUUGAUAGCUUUUCUUUGGUUUCUGAUGCUGCUUAUAUAAGUGCAAGCUUGGCUCGUAUUAUGCGGGCUCUAUUUGAAAUUUGUUUACGCAAAGGCUGGUGCGAGAUGACAUUGUUCAUGUUGGAAUAUUGCAAGGCUGUGGAUCGCCAAAUUUGGUCCCAUUUACAUCCCCUCCGACAAUUUGAGAAGGAUAUUUCAUCAGAGGUUCUGCGAAAGCUGGAGGAAAGAGGAGCUGACCUAUAUCGCUUGCAAGAUAUGCAAGAAAAAGAUAUUGGGGCACUGGUUCGUUACGCACCAGGAGGAAGGGUGGUUAAGCAAUAUUUAGGAUAUUUCCCAUGGAUCCAGUUAUCAGCGACUAUAAGUCCAAUUACCAGAACUGUUUUGAAGGUGGUUUUGCUCAUAACACCAGAUUUCAUAUGGAAGGAUCGUUUUCAUGGUACUGCACAACGCUGGUGGAUUCUGGUUGAGGAUACAGAAAAUGAUCACAUCUAUCACUCGGAGCUUUUUACCCUAACAAAGCGAAUGUCAAAAGGGGAACCACAGAAGCUUUCUUUCACAGUGCCUAUAUUUGAACCACAUCCACCACAAUACUACAUUCGUGCUGUUUCUGAUUCUUGGUUGCAAGCAGAGGCUUUCUAUACCAUAUCUUUCUCAAAACUUGCACUUCCUGAGGCUCGUACUUCCCACACGGAACUACUAGAUUUGAAACCUCUUCCAGUAACUGCACUUGGAAAGAGUACAUAUGAAGCCUUGUACAAAUUUUCCCAUUUUAAUCCAAUACAAACACAGGCUUUUCAUGUUCUAUACCACACAGAUAGUAAUGUUCUACUAGGAGCUCCCACUGGAAGUGGAAAAACUAUAUCAGCCGAGCUGGCUAUGCUUCACCUCUUCAACACUCAGCCUGAUAUGAAGGUUAUUUACAUAGCACCUUUGAAGGCUAUUGUUCGUGAAAGAAUGAAUGAUUGGCGAAAAGGGCUUGUUCGUCAGCUUAAGAAGGAGAUGGUGGAAAUGACUGGAGAUUAUACUCCAGAUUUGAUGGCUCUCUUGUCAGCAGAUAUCAUUAUAUCUACUCCUGAAAAGUGGGAUGGUAUUAGUCGUAAUUGGCAUAGUCGAAAUUAUGUGAAAAAGGUUGGUCUAGUGAUUUUGGAUGAGAUCCACUUAUUGGGGGCUGACCGUGGACCAAUCCUUGAGGUUAUUGUGUCAAGAAUGAGAUACAUAUCAUCACAAACUGAUCGUGCAGUACGGUUUGUAGGUCUUUCUACAGCUUUAGCAAAUGCAAGUGACUUGGCUGAUUGGUUGGGUGUUGGUGAAGUUGGACUCUUCAAUUUUAAACCAAGCGUGAGGCCUGUUCCUCUUGAAGUUCAUAUACAAGGAUAUCCUGGAAAGUUCUAUUGUCCAAGGAUGAAUAGUAUGAAUAAACCAGCGUAUGCUGCAAUAUGCACACAUUCUCCUACAAAACCAGUUCUAAUAUUUGUUUCAUCUCGUCGACAGACAAGACUUACUGCCUUGGACCUCAUUCAGUUUGCAGCUUCGGAUGAGCAAUCCAGGCAGUUUCUUAGUAUGGCCGAAGAAGCACUGCAGAUGGUACUAUCACAGGUUACUGAUCAGAAUAUGCGACACACCUUACAAUUUGGAAUUGGAUUACACCAUGCUGGUCUAAAUGAUAAAGAUAGAUCUCUAGUUGAGGAGUUGUUUGCAAACAAUAAGAUUCAGGUUUUAAUUUGUACCAGCACUUUGGCCUGGGGUGUAAAUCUUCCAGCACAUCUGGUUAUUAUUAAGGGAACAGAAUAUUAUGAUGGAAAAACAAAGAGAUAUGUUGAUUUCCCAAUCACAGAUAUCUUGCAAAUGAUGGGUCGUGCAGGCCGUCCACAAUAUGAUCAGCAUGGGAAAGCAGUUAUUCUUGUUCAUGAACCAAAAAAGAGCUUCUAUAAGAAGUUUUUAUAUGAACCAUUUCCGGUUGAGAGUAGUCUGAAGGAGCAGCUGCAUGAUCACAUGACUGCAGAAAUAGUUUCUGGAACAAUUUGCCAUAGAGAGGAUGCUGUUCAUUAUCUUACUUGGACUUACUUAUUCCGAAGACUGAUGAUUAAUCCUGCUUACUAUGGUUUGGAGACCAGGGAACCUGAAAUUUUAAGUUCUUACAUGUCGAGGUUAGUGCAAACAACAUUUGAGGAUCUGGAAGACAGUGGAUGCAUCAAGAUCAAUGAAGACAGUGUGGAGCCAAUGAUGCUGGGUUCAAUAGCAUCUCAAUAUUACCUGAGUUACAUGACUGUAUCAAUGUUUGGAUCGAACAUAGGUCCAGAUACGUCUCUUGAAGUGUUUUUACUUAUUCUUUCUGGCGCGUCUGAAUACAAUGAGCUUCCUGUGCGGCAUAAUGAGGGAAGGACAGUGAGCGAAGUUUCUAGUUGGGAUACUUGCCUACCUAAAGCUAUCUUAGAAAUUGAUCAAACUAUUCACAUCAAUCUCUCAUCUCCUUCUCUAUUUGACAUAGGAACAUUUGAGCAACAAUCUCAGCCCCAAACUAAAGAACUUUUAGUUUACUCUCGGCGACUAAAGGACCAUCAGGUAAUACAACCAACUACUGCUCUCCAACAUCUCAUCAGUCUGACCCACAGACUUCCAAAUGUAAGUGAUCCUUCUCUCAAUCCCAUCUUACCUAAUGAUGUUCCUAAUGUUGAGCCUUCUAAUAUGGUGGAACCCGAAUCUGAGUUAUCUAUUGCCAAGAGGAUGGGAGUCUGAAGUUGUACUCUACAUCCAAUGUCCAAAUAUGUCUGCUAUAGUAGACUAACUCUGAAAUAUAAAGCUUUCCUAGCAAAAGUCGAGCAAGUGGUAGUUCCUAAGGAUAUAACUGAAGUCCUAUCACAGAAAGAAUGGAAGAAAGCAGUCUACGAAGAAAUUUGGGCACUAGAAACCAACACAAUGUGGACAAUAGUUAAUCGACCUAGAGAUAAACAUGUGGUUGGAUGUAAGUGGGUAUUUGCGGUUAACCACAAGGAUGAUGGAACGAUAGAUCGAUUCAAAGCGAGACUAGUUGCAACAGGAUUCACCAAAACAUACGGAGUGAACCACAACGAGACGUUUGCACCCGUUGCCAAGUUAAACACAAUCAGGGUUUUGCUAUCAGUUGCUGCAAAUCUCGGUUGGCCCCUACAACAACUAGACAUAAAAAAUGCAUUCCUCAAUGGGCAUUUGGAAGAGGAAGUUUUCAUGAGAAUCCCUCCAGACUUCGAGGAAGAUAUGAAAAAGAAAAUGUCUGUCAUCUGAAAAAAUCUCUCUACGGCUUAAAACAAUCUCCACGGGCAUGGGUUGAAAGAUUUAAUCGGGUGGUAAAAUAGUAUGGGUAUAAAUAGGCUCAAUCGGAUCACACUUUGUUCUUCAAACACUCGCAAAAGGAUAAGGUAACUAUACUCAUUGUCUAUGUUGAUGACAUGACACUCACCGGUGAUGAUUAUGGAGAAGAAAGACUUAAAGGCUUGCUAGCCCAAGAGUUCGGAGUAAAAGAUCUUGGACCAAUGAAGCAUUUUCUAGGAACGGAGGUUGCAAGAACAAAACAAGAAUUGUUGUGUCUCAAAGGAAAUAUGUCGUAGUUCUACUCAACGAAACAAGAAUGAGUGGUUGUAAACCAAUGACAACACCAGUUGAACCAAAAGGCAAGUAUAAACCAACAAAAGAGAAGCCAAUUGACAAAGGAAUGUGAUAAACCUCCUAUACGGUACACCUACACUAGGAGGCAAUGCAAUUAAUGAUUAGAUUUGGGGAUUGGAUUCUUUAGGAAAGUUUAGUGAUUUGGUUUAAUCUGGUUUGCUGGUUGUUUCUAUUUUUGUUGUUUCUGUUUUGGUUUGUUUCCUGUUUGGGGUCAAACGUGUUUGGGUAAGUCAGGGGAAUAAAAAGGGAUGAGAAUGAAGAGUUAGGCAUGUCUGAUUUUGUGUAAUUGAGCGCUAGCUCUUGGAGAGAAACCAAGUCUCUCGAAUAUCCUAGAUUGUUCUUUGUUAUUUCAAUAAAAUUUUCCCCCUUAUUCCUUAUUCUUGUUCUAUAUUUUCAUGAUAUACUAUCUUGUAUCAAAAUGUACCAGCAAUUAGUGGGAAAAUUGAUCUACCUAUCACACACAAUGCCUAAUAUUGCAUUUGCUGUGAGCUUAGUUAGCUAAUACAUGCACAAUUCAUUUGAAAAACACUUGGAAGCUAUGUGCAUAAUUUUACGCUAUCUGAAGAAAACACUAGGAAAUGGAUUGCCAAUAAAAAAUCUGCUUCUGAAAGAGGUGUUGAGGCCUUCACAGAUGCAGAUUGGGCAGGGUCAGUUGAUGAUAGAAGAUCAACAACUGGAUAUUGUACUAAAGUAUGGGGGAACUUGGUUACUUGGAGUAAGAAGCGACCAGUGGUAAUCCGAAGUAGUGCCGAAGCAGAACUUAGAGCUCAAGGAGUAUGCGAAUUAUUUGGAUCAAACGCGUACUUGAAGAAUUAAAACUUCAAAGGACCGAGCCUUUAAAGUUGGAUAGCGAUAGCAAGUCAGCAAUCAACAUAACACACAACCCAGUCCAUCAUGAUAGAACCAAGCAUGUUGAAGUGGAUAGACAUUUUAUUAAAGAAAAAAUUGAUGGAAAAGAACUGUGUUGUAAAUAUUCGUAGCAAGCAACAACAUGCCGACUUACUAACUAAAGGGAUAUCAACAGAAAGUUUCAACGAGUUAGUUUGCAAGUUGGGCAUGUGGAAUCUCUAUGCACCAGCUUGAGGGAGGGUGUAGAAAAUAUUAUAUAUUAAGCAUUCACUCAGUAACUUUCCAAUAAGUAAAUCAAGUCGAAUUAUUAGAAAGUUAUUAUAAUUAAAUUAUUUAGUUUUAGGCUAAUUGAUUUACCUUAGAAUUUCUGUAAUUAAUCUAGAAUAUUUGGUAUUAAAUACCAGAUUUAUUUAUACAUGUACAGUGCCUAUUUAAAGGCUUUAUUCUCUAUCAAUAAAGAUUACAUAAAAGGCUAAUUUUCCACAAGAAUUAUAUUGUAAUGGAGCAGUAGCUCUUGGGAGAGUUCUGGGUCUCUCGAAUACCCAGUGUUACUCAGUUUGUUUCAAUAGUAGUUCUACUUACUUUCCCAUUUGUUCUUCUUGUUCUUGCCAUAUAUGUGUGAUAGAACCAGUGUGAUACAUCAUAGCUUGUCAAAGUUUUGUGUUGUUUAAUGAAAUAUGUAGGCAUGUUUAUCCAAAUUCAACUUCUUAAAAUUUAGGAAAACUACAAUGAAGCUUUGUCCAAGAAA